CUUCAACUUCAAUCUUAUAUUUAUUUACCAUCGAAAAAGACUUGUUGGCCAGAAGUUGACAAGCAAUUAGCAAAUGAUUUCGUGUUAAAGAACUUAAUUCUCAAAAUUAUAUUUAUUAAAAAUGCAGGAAAUUGAUAAUACAACAUUGAAUAAUAUUUUAUAUGAACUACUGAUUUAUGCUGAAUGGCAGCAAGAGCCUGAAAUUCAGAUCAAAGGAAAUGAAAAUAAAAAUGAUGGCAAUGAAAAAGGGAUACUUUCAAAGUUUUUGGGUCCAUUUGCCUCUCAGUUAUGUCCUCCAUUACUGGUGCAACAACUUAACAAUCUUCAGAUGCCAUGGGCAUUCGCUAUUGGAGGAAGUGGUGCUGUGAUUGCUGUUCUGCAAGAUACUUCAUUGGAAAUAAGAACAUCAAGGGAUGAAUUCGGGACAAUAAUUGGAAAGACUCAAGUUAUCAAAGACACUUAUCCUCAGUGGAGGAGGUUGCUGUGGUCUCCUGAUUGUACAAUGUUAGCAUUUGCUCACAGCAAUGGUCAGCUUGAUUUCUAUGACUUAAUCGGUGCUCAUAUGUUUACCAUAGAUAAAAUGGUACAAACUCCCUCUCCUAAUGGAAAACAAGACUAUCGUUAUGCUAUUGCUGGAAUGGCAUUUACUGAUGCUAGAGUGAAAAAUACUCAAUGUUCAUACGCCGCUGUAGCAUCUGAUAUCGCAGCUAAAGUCAACUCCGAUUCAUUUGGAGCAUACGAAAACUUUCCAAAUGUCUCUUCAUUCAGUCCAUCUAAUGAUUUUUCUGAAACAUUGUCAUUGUUCGAGUUACUUCCUGAAUCAUGUCUGAAUCUUCGGUACAGUCCAUCUGAAGGAUUCCAGGCUAGGAGAGAUCAGUUUUCCAUGUCAAACUGUUAUCCUCAUGGAAUUACGAGUGUUGUGUAUAACAGGACAGAUAACAUUUUGAUUGCCUGUGGCAGGUCUCAGAAGUUGACAUUCAUACAGGGUACAACUGAGGCUUCUCAGAUGGGAAUUUCAGCAUGGAGACUUCUUUCUGAAUAUCCUCACUACAAACUGGCACUAUCUAUGGAUGAAAAUAAGGUGGAAUCUAAAAAAAGCUGGAAAGAUAUACUUUCACAAUAUAAUUUCUAUCAAAGCUCAAAAGAUGAUUUCAUUUUUAAGAUGAGCAUAUCUCCCAGUGGUAAACUCUUGGCUUCAAUUCAUGUUUCAGGAGCCGUUUCGUUGUGGGAUCUACCAUCUUUAAGACUGAAGAAACAUUGGCCUCUUAAUUUGCAGCCUAACUACAAUGAUGUGAACCCCCAACACUGUGAACCUGGAGUGAAGAAAAAUGGUGAUUUCCAAUUGUCUGAUGUGUUUCAUUCUCAUGUCAUUGACAUCAAUUGGUGGUCAGAAGAUUCUCUCAUAAUCGUGAGGAGAUGUGGAGCCGUCACCGUAUCUUCUAUUCAUUCCCUUCAGAAUCUGUUGGGAGUUUCACCAGAGUGGUUUGAACCGUCACCAGCUGUCACUUCCUUUUGUGACAGAGGAUUUCUUGUAAUAGAAUGUGAAAAUAGGUUGAAAAGUAAGAAACGUGAUACAGAAGAUUCAUUGAGUGAUGAAGAAAGCAGUGAUGAUGAGGAACCUUCGAUAUUUACUUACAGCUAUGAAAUGGCACAGAGGGCUCUUUACUUCAUUACAGACCUUGAUAGAUUCCAACCUCCCAGGAAGAAAACAAAAAUGAGUACUAAAGUUUAUCGUCUACUCUGCUUAAAAUCUACAACACCUGAAGAAUUAUAUGUGAGAAAAAUUAACAACGAAGAAUAUGGAGAAGCAUUGGCUCUUGCUCAGACCUAUAAUUUAGAUACUGAUCUUGUUUACCAGCGUCAAUGGAGAAAAAUGCCAGCUACUGUUGAGACUAUUCAUGAUUAUUUGAGUAAAAUCAAAAAGCGAUCCUGGGUUCUCCAUGAAUGCCUAGAAAGAGUGCCUGAAAAUUUUGAAGCUGCCAAAGAACUUCUUGAUUAUGGUAUGAGAGGCACAGAUGUAAAAGCACUCGUUGCCAUUGGCAGAGGCGAGGAUCAAGGAAGGUUUAUCUUAUCAUCGUUUUAUGAUGAGUUUGAUGAUGAAUAUAUGGACCAUUUUGCUUAUGACAUCAAUUAUGAUGCUGGUGAGAUUUAUGAGAUGAGGAGGAUAAAACAGCAGAAAAAAAGAGCAGAGUUCCUGAAAGAGGUUAAUUUUACAAAACUUAAUUUGGAACAGAAGCAACUAUGCCAAUGCCGCUUGAAGCUUCUAAAUUAUGUUGACAGGCUAACUACUUAUGAGAUAAUCCUAGGUGGAGCUGUUGCAGCACAGCAGCAUUUUGAUCCCAAGUUUUUCAAACAAUUCCGAUCUCAAUGUGGCCUGGAAGCAACCAUUCAGUUUGCUUUUCACUCUAAUUGGGAAGCAGUAGCAACGCUUUUCACUUAUAUGGGAACAGAAACAUUGCCUCACCGUCUGGGAAUACUCAGUAAUUUUCCUGAGACCACUUCCCCUUCCGAUUACCAGUCUCUGUUACCUCUUUACAAUGAUUUAGAUAUGGUUUUUUAUCCGUGGCAUGAACAAAAACUUAGAGAUCCUGACUGGUGCGAAAAUGAAUUUGACAAGAUUGUUAUCCCUGAAGAAUACAUAGAAGAAUUUUAUGAAAAAAACAAAGGGCUAUUAAAAUAUAGAAAUUAUUCAUUAUCAUCUGAAGUAGUUACAGAAUGGUUUAUUGAAAGAGCACAGCAAGUAGAAGCAAGAUCUGGACUUGUAGAUAAUGCUCUUCAACUUUUGAAACUUGGAAUGCAAAGAAACAUACAAGGUUUGGAGAAAUUGUAUGAUGACUUGAAGACUUUAGAGAUUUUAAUUUAUGAUUGUGGAAUAAAGAAAGACCUAAAUUUAUCUGAUUUCCAAAAACUGAGUGACUCUGAAAAAGUUAAGCUCAUUAUGUCCACAACACCAAAAGAAAACUUCAUUGCUCAUUUGUAUUCGUGGUUAGUACCUUAUCUCAAUCAGUGUGAAAAAUAUAGUUCGGGAUCUGCAAAACCUCUCCUCAAAAAUUAUAUUCUCUAUAUGUCAAGUAAUGAUUUAAGUUACUGCAAGAUGUUUAUGGAAAGUUUGAAAUCAGAGACAUGCUCAAUUUUGUGCGAAUUUGAUGACAUGGUUUUUCUUGGGCUUGAUUGUGUUUAUGCAUGUGAGAGAACUGACGAGUUGAAAAAUGCUGCAGCUAUUUAUGAAAUUCUUUUAACAUUGCCUGAUUACUUCAACAAAACUUAUCGCAAGUUAUGUAGCUUACCAUCAACUGUAGCUGAUUUGAAGAAACACAUACGAGUUGCAGAAAUUUUAGAGAAAAAUAAUUUUGCUGUAACAUUGUCUAUGGUUCAGAGCCUUUCUAACAACAUGUUGGAGGUGAAAAAGGUUUUAGUGAAGCUGACCAGAAUGGCUAGUCACAGGAUUCCUGUUCUAGAUGAAGAGGAAUGGACCAAUUUGCUGUCUGAUAUUCUUGAAAUGCACAAAGUUUUGUUUAAGUGUGUGACGUAUGAAGACUGUUAUGAAAUUGUGUUGCACUCUCUUCUUUGCUCUGGUAAGAAUGAAAAUAUAACUUUUGCUGGAAAAAUGAUGGAGUGCAACAACAAGAAAAAGAGAGAGAAAAAUUUCAUUGGACCUGCUUCAUUUAAACUACCUUUUGUGAAGUCAGUGGAACUUGUCCUUGUGGCUUCUCAAGAAUAUUUCAAUUCUGCUGCUGAUGCUUCAGACUCCUGCAUGUCUUUGGCAAAAUCUUGUUUGAACUUAAUUGAGGAUGUACCAUCUAGCAUAGAAGAAGAAUUUGAUCUGAUAUCUUCACUUUCUUUGCUGCAAGAGUUGGGUGUAGUUAUUUUACCCUUGCAAGUCAGGUUAUGUGAAAAUAGAAUGACCAUUGUUCAAGAGGCUUUGCAAAAGAAAGCUAAGAAUUAUAAAAAGUCGGCAAAGAUUAUGAAACUUGCUUUUCUACUAAGGGCAGGAACCUCCAACAAUCAUGAAAGGGAGGGAAAGGUGUGGACAUUACUUGGAGAUCAUGCUUUUCAAGUUAAGGAUUAUAAAGAAUGCUAUUCUUCAUGUAAGAGAAUUAUGGAAGGUGGUUAUGAAGAGGGCUGGCUGGUUUGCUAUACUUUAGGCCAAUGUAAUGAAUUUGAUGAUGUUUCAGCAAGAAAGUCUCUUAUGUCUUUUGCUCUUGCUUACUGUGCAGAAGAUUUGAUUGAAACCAUAUUAAAAACUAAGUCAGAAUUGGAAUUACAGGUUUUGCAGGAAAGAGUUAAAUUUCUUGUUGGAGAUCUGCCAGCACAUUUUCCUUCUGCAGAUUCUGAAGAUGGGGAGGUAAGACAGACAGAUGAAGAUAGUAAAGCAGUAAAUACAAUACUAAAACAAAGUGGAAGGACUCUUAAAGUGCUUCAUUCUACAACUCACACUGCUGCUAAAGUUGUUUUGACUUCAGUUAAAAGUGCUCAAUUCUGGAAAGAUGCUGUCAACUGGGUUCAACCACCUGGUCUAUUAUGGGGUAGUUCACCUGAUGUUAAGGAAGAUGGCAAUGCUGCUCUUACAAAGCAAGGUGUUUGUGCUUUUUACAGUGGUCUUAUUGAGAACUCACACAUUAGUUUGAUUGAGGCCAAUUAUGAGCGAUAUGCAGGACCAGAUUUGCAUCAACAGUUAGAAAUUUCUUCUUCUAUUUUAAGAGCUUCAUUGAUUCAGGAUGCAUUGAAGAAUGAAUCAUCCGCAUCUUCCAUAGAAAAUUCUGUUUUACUCGAUGUUGCAAAAGCUUACUUGCCGGAAGAUAUGACGUAUGCACUCUCGGUUCUCUUGAGUCUUAAAAAGGCAGAUGAAGCUGAGGUUCUUUUUUCAUCUCUUCCAAGUUCUCCUAUUGUAAUACAGGCUGCCAGCUUAUACUAUGCAAUAAAAAUUUACAUUUCACUGAAUAUGUCUCCUUUUCCUGAAGAUACCACAGAAGGAAUGGACCCAAACUCUUUAAUAGAAAAAGUACUUGCAAUGAGAAGCUCAGAACCUCCUUUGGCUGCUAAUAAAGAGUCAAUACGUUAUUGGGAAUUGUUGAAAAAGUACAACAAGAUGUUAUAUGACUUUAUUCAAGCAGAAAUCUUGCAUAGCAUUGGAGGAGGUGUGGAUGCAACUAGAUUUGCCAAUGAUGAUGAAUACAAAAAGGACACCAUUUUAGGAAUUUCUAUGACAUUGGAUGAUAGUGUCUUCCAAACAGCUAUUACUUUAGCUAACCAUUAUCACAUAUCUCUGUGGGAUUUAUACAUGACUCAUUUGGAGUAUUUGUUUUCUGAAUCCAGUGUAUCAUCUGCAGUUUUAACUGAACGCAUUGAAAGAUUCAAGUUAUCGGAGAAACUUAUGGAUCAGAAGAAAGCGUUUGAAGUCAGGCUGAGAAAUAAUAUCUAUCCGGGUAUUGAUGGCAAAGACCAUGAAAAACUAACAACUUGUUUCUCUUUGUUGGAAGACUGUGGGGACAAUGAAGAUGAUUUGAAGCUUCAACCCAGCGUUCACAAAAAUCUAUUGAAAAAGUUUAAGGCAGCUAUGGCAAAUAUUGAUUACAAAAAAUUAAUGUGUUCAGAAACAUCCAGCAGCUAUUUAAUGAGUCUACUCAAUGAAUCUAGUGUACAUGUCUUUGCUAAAGCAGCUACUAACAUUCCAAAACAGGGUGAAGUUUUUUAUGAGCCAUCAAAUAUUUAUUGUCUUUGGACUCAGAAAGAGUUUUUUGAAGGAAACUCAUCCACCACAAAAGUUCCGUCAAACAAGACUGAAUGGAUUUUACGAUUCAAGUCCUGUUCAGAUAUGCUGCAACGUCUCAAUCCUUCUGAUGUAAUAUUAUUUGUUGAUGCUGUGAUAUUUUCAGAAAAAGCUUUAGAAAACAUGGAUCUUGACUGUAGGUCAGAUAUUGUGAAACAAGUUAUAAAGUUAUGUCGAGCUAAAAGCUCAAAGCACAAAAGUAAUGUGUUACUCAGUAAUGAGUGGAAUGAUGCUGUUGUAACUCUUACCUCUUAUCAAUCUCAUCUUCAGAGACUUGAAGAUGAAACUCUUGUUCAGUUAAGGGAAUGUUUUGAUCCCAAAAUAAAGAACUAUUGCAAAGAAUUUGAUUUAUCGAAAUCAGCUAUUAAUAAAUUGCAAGAUCUUUUGACCGAAAUUGUUUUGGAAGGUCCUGAUCUAGAACUCCUUAAAACUUUCCUAUCCUGUUGUCCAGCUGAUAUUGGUUGGGAGCCUGCAGAUGCCUACAUUGAAGCAAUCAACAAAAUUUUAAAACAAUUGAAGCAAUCUCAAAAUUUAGGUAUUGGGAAUUCACCAUCUUUAAUUCAUACAGUUGAGGCUAUUUUAGGAGAUAUAUCAAAAGAAAAAGAGGAAUUGAUGAUUGAAGACAUUGCGGCAAAAAUGUUAAAUGAGUUUUGCCAAGAUUCAGAUGUCUCAGUUUCCGUGAGAUUGAAUAUUCUCCAGCUUUUGGAAAAAACCGAUUGCCUUUCCCCAGAAUAUGGUGAUUUGCUACUGCUCUAUCGAACGCAAGCUGUUGUUUCCUCUAUGUUUCCAGAUGUAGUUAUUUCUGAUGAAGAAAUAAAAGAAGAAUUCCAAAGAAGGUUGUUAUUUGACAACUUAUUAAGUUUAUGCCGAAAUAUUGAGCAUUUUCAGUCUCUUUCCAAACUACUCAUUCAUUGGCCUUCAUUCACGCUAACUGAAAAAAGGGAACCUAAGGAUGACGAGUGGACCAAAUUGAUGUGUAAACUGAUUGAUCUGAACUCUAUCGAUUCACUGGCAGUGGCUGUUUCUAUAUUAGAAAAAGCUCUCAGUUAUCCCAGUUUUGAAAAAGAAUGUUUUCAGUUGGUCUUUGAAAAGAUAAAGGAACAGAGAAAGAUUCUUUAUGUCCUCAAAUCAGCUUUGAAAACUAAAUAUAGUGAUAUACAUGAAGAAGCUAUGAAUGAACUUAAAGUUACUUUACAGAUCAGUGAAGAGGAUUAUGAUAAUGAACUGCUAGAUUUAAUAUUAUUACGUAGCCUAACUACACAAAUUAUUUCAACUGGACUGUACAAGCCAGUGGUUGAAUUUUUACUACAUGGUCAAGACGAUAUUGUGCAAGACAACUACAAAUCCAUUGAUACCAUAGUGAAAGAACUCUGUGAAGCAGGUUACGAAUCAGAAGCUGGAAGUCUAUUGCUCAUACACAAAUCAAUACAUAGCAGCCUCAGCACUUACUCAUCAGCGAUGAGUGUGCUGCAAAGGUGGUCGUCCGUAUCUAAGUCAUAAAUUUAUUUAUAAACUGUAAAGACAAAGAAUAUAGUUUUAUAAAAAAAAUAUUUAUAUUUUUAAUAUGUAUGUAAACAAGUUUUUUUUUUUAAAUAAAAGUUUAUGUUGACUAUUUAUUUAUAAGUAGACAUUAAUUUAUACAACAAUUUUUCAAUAUUGAAACAAAACUAUAAAAUGAAUAAUUAGACUUCAAUUCUAAUA